AUGCCAGUGCGGGUCAAGUUUCAGAAAUCCUGGAUUGAAGGAGUCUUUGACAAGAGAGAAUGUAACAAAGUCAUACCCAGCUCAAAAGAUCCUCAUAGAUGUGCUCCAGCAUGCCACGUCUGCCAGAAUUUGAUCAGGUGUUACUGUGGUCGAUUGGUCAGAGACCAUCCUGGAGUAGAUUAUGCCUGGACCACGUCAAUUGAUAAGAGUAGUGAAAAUGAACAGUGGUCUGUUGAAAAGCACACAACAAAAAGUCCUACAGAUGCCUUUGGCACAAUUAAUUUCCAAGAUGGAGAGCACACCUACCACUCCAAGUAUAUCAGAACUUCUUAUGACACAAAAUUGGAUCAUCUGUUACAUUUAAUGUUGAAAGAGUGGAACAUGGAACUGCCCAAGCUGGUGAUCUCUGUCUAUGGGGGCAUCCAGAACUUUAGGGUGCCCUCCAAGCUUAAAAAGAUCUUCAGCCAAGGUUUGGUCAAAGCUGCAGAGACGACGGGAGCGUGGAUAGUCACGGAAGGCAUCAAUACUGGAGUGUCCAAGCAUGUUGGCGAUGCCCUGAAAGCCCAUUCCUCUCAGUCCUUGAGAAAAAUCUGGACAGUUGGAAUCCCACCUUGGGGUGUCAUUGAGAACCAGAGAGAUCUUAUCGGAAAUGAUGUGGUGUUUCUGUACCAGGCGCUGGGUAAUCCCCUCAGCAAGCUCACCACACUCAACAGCAUGCACUCACACUUCAUCCUCUCUGAUGACGGCACCGUGGGAAAGUAUGGAAACGAAAUGAAGCUCAGAAGGAACCUGGAGAAGUACCUCUCUCUGCAGAAAAUUCACAGUCGCUCAGGACAAGGCGUGCCGGUGGUGAGGCUGGUGAUGGAAGGAGGUCCCAAUGUCAUCCUCUCCGUCUGGGAGACUGUCAGGGACAAGGAGCCCGUGGUGGUGUUGGAAGGCACGGGCAGAGCUGCGGACCUCCUGGCCUUCACUCACAAACACUUGGAUGAAGGGAUGCUGCAUCCUCCAGUGAAGGAGGAGAUCAUCUGUAUGAUUCAGAGCACUUUCAACUUUAAUCUUAAACAGUCUAAGCACCUCUUCCAAAUUCUAAUGGAGUGCAUGGUACACAGGGAUUGUAUUACUAUAUUUGAUGCUGAUUCUGAAGAGCAGCAAGACCUUGAUGUAGCAAUCCUAACUGCUUUGCUGAGGGGCACAAAUUUAUCAGCCUCAGAACAAUUACAUCUGGCAAUGGCCUGGGACAGAAUGGACAUCGCCAAGAAACACAUCCUCAUUUACGGACAGCACUGGAAGCCUGGUGCACUGGAACAAGCAAUGUUAGAUGCUUUAGUGAUGGAUCGAGUGGAUUUUGUGAAACUCUUGAUAGAGUAUGGAGUGAAUGUCCAUCGCUUUCUGACCAUACCUCGGCUGGAAGAACUCUAUAACACAAAACAAGGACCUACUAACAGGCUCUUACAUCAUCUUCUCCAAGAUGUAAAACAGCAUGCCCUCCUCGCCAGCUACAGAAUAACACUGAUUGACAUUGGACUGGUAAUAGAAUACCUCAUUGGUCGAGCGUACCGCAGCAGCUACACUAGGAAAAAUUUCAGAGCCCUCUACAACAUCAUCUGCAGAAAACAUAAGAGAGUGACCAGUUUUGCUCAAAACCUUUCCCAGCACCGGAAACAUUCCUCAGGAAACAGAAAGGAGUCUGUAGAAAAUGCCCUGCAUUCCCAGUUCAUCAGAACCGCACAGCCCUACAAAUUCAAGGAAAUGCCUGUAGUUCUUCAGAAAUCCAGGAAGAAGUCAGAAGGAGGACAGAAUAUAGCAGGCGACCCCGAAUAUACUGGUUUUAUUUACCCUUACAACGACCUGCUGGUCUGGGCUGUGCUGAUGAAAAGGCAGAAGAUGGCCAUGUUCUUCUGGCAGCAUGGAGAGGAGGCCACGGCGAAGGCCGUGAUUGCUUGUACCCUCUACCGAGCCAUGGCCCACGAAGCUGAGGAGAGCCACAUGGUGGAUGAUGCCUCAGAAGAGCUGAAAAGUUACUCAAACCAGUUUGGCCAGCUUGCCCUGGACGUGCUGGAGAAGGCGUUCAAGCAGAAUGAGCGCAUGGCCAUGAAGCUGUUGACGUAUGAGCUCAAUAACUGGAGCAAUUCCACCUGCCUGAAACUAGCCGUGUCUGGAGGACUGAGGCCCUUUGUCUCACACACCUGUACCCAAAUGCUACUCACAGACAUGUGGAUGGGGCGCCUGAAAAUGAGGAAAAACUCUUGGUUAAAGAUCAUUAUAAGUAUUUUUUUGCCACCCACCAUUUUGACCUUGGAAUUUAAAAGCAAAGCGGAAAUGUCACACAUUCCCCAGUCCCAAGACUUCCAGUUUUCAUGGUAUUAUGGUGACCAGAACCCCAGCAAUUACAAGGAAAGAACUCAAGCGAGAAACUAUGACUUGGAAAGGGGUCCCAAUGAGAAGGCGGAUGAGAAUCAGCCCUUUGAUUUAGAGACUGGGCACCAGAGCAUCCCCUGGACGAGAAAGGUCUACGAGUUCUACAAUGCUCCCAUCGUCAAGUUUUGGUUUUAUACGAUGGCAUAUUUGGCAUUCCUCAUGCUGUUCACUUACACGGUGCUGGUGGAGAUGCGGUCCCAGCCCAGCGUGCAAGAGUGGCUUGUUAUCAUUUACAUCUUCACCAGUGCUAUUGAGAAAGUCAGGGAGAUCUGUAUGUCGGAGCCUGGGAAGUUUACUCAAAAGGUGAAGGUAUGGAUUAGUGAGUACUGGAACCUAGUGGAGACUGUAGCCAUCGGCCUGUUCUCAGUUGGCUUUGGCCUUCGCUGGGGCCGCCCCCCUUUCCACACCGCCGGGCGGCUCAUCUACUGCAUAGAUAUCAUCUUCUGGUUCUCACGGCUCCUGGACUUCCUCGCUGUGAAUCAACAUGCAGGUCCCUAUGUGACCAUGAUUGCAAAAAUGACAGCAAACAUGUUUUACAUUGUGAUCAUGAUGGCUAUAGUCCUGCUGAGCUUCGGAGUGGCGCGCAAGGCCAUCUUGUCACCAAAGGAGCCGCCGUCCUGGACCCUGGCUCGAGAUAUUGUGUUUCAGCCAUACUGGAUGAUAUACGGAGAAGUUUAUGCUGGAGAGAUAGAUGUCUGUGAGAGCGAGCCCGCUUGCCCUCCUGGCUCUUUUCUGACUCCAUUUCUGCAAGCCGUCUACCUCUUCGUGCAGUAUAUCAUCAUGGUGAACCUGCUGAUUGCUUUCUUCAACAAUGUUUAUUUAGAUAUGAAGUCCAUUUCAAAUAAGCUGUGGAAAUACAACCGCUAUCGCUACAUCAUGACAUACUAUGAGAAGCCCUGGCUCCCACCACCUUUCAUCCUCCUGUGUCACGUGUGUCUCCUUCUCCGCCGCCUAUGCCAUCAUCGAACGCCCAAUGACCAAGAAGAGGGUGACGUUGGAUUAAAACUCUACUUGAGUAAGGAGGAUCUGAAAAAACUUCAUGAUUUUGAAGAGCAGUGUGUGGAAAAAUACUUCCAUGAGAAGAUGGAAGAUCUAAAUUUUAGUUGUGAGGAGCGAAUCCGAGGGACAUCAGAAAGGGUUACAGAGACACAUUUCCAGCUGAAAGAACUGAAUGAAAAAGUGUCUUUUAUAAAGGACUCCUUGCUGUCUUUGGACAGCCAGGUGGGACACCUGCAGGACCUCUCUGCCCUGACAGUGGAUACCCUGAAAGUCCUUUCUGCUGUUGACACUUUGCAAGAAGAAGAGGCACUCCUGGCCUACAGGAAGUAUUCUACUUGCAGAAAACGGCCCCACAGCUGGAGCAAUAUCAAGUGUGCAGAGGUGCCAGGCAGCGUGGAGCUCUCUGAGACGAAGAAAUACCAGUAUUAUAGCAUGCCUCCUUCCUUGCUGAGGGACCUGGCCAGAGGGCAGCAGCCCCCAAGGGUGCAGAGGGGAGCCCUUCCUGAGAGUACAGACAGUCAGAGAGGGGCGUCAGAUGUACGAGAUGACCAGGAAGAGCAAGACACAGAAAGUAGGAGAGUUGCUUCUGGAGUAUUUCCUAACAGGCACGCACACUCAAAGUACGGCCAAUUUCUCCUCGUCCCUUCUAGUUUAAAGCAAGCUCCUUUUUCUGCAGAAACUAUUUUGCCUCUGUCCAGCUCAUCUGUGGAAGGAGGUACAGAUGGGCUAGCAACUGAACAGGCCGUGCGGAGAGAGGUUGCUGCUCAUCUGACUUGGCAGACCCCAGUCGUCUCAGACCAGGCAUCAGUGGCUGAACCCAAGGAGCAGUACCUGUCAAUCGCUCAGGUGCCAGACAAGCGCGGCCAGGGGGACCAAGUUCUACCCACUGUGCACAGCACACCUGCAUCCCUGGCUGCGACUUCCCUUCCUUCCCAAAUGAAGAGCAUGCAAACUGGAGGUGGAUAUCUGAACUGGUCAUUUUCAGAAGACGGUGAAACUGAUUUGUCGAGCAUCAAGGAAAAAUGGCAAACCUGCUUGCCUUCCCCUUGUAACAGAGACUUCACUCAGACUGAACGAAGCCAGUCACAGAGCCAGGGUAACUCCGUCUCUGAUAAUUCCACAAGAUUGGCCCGGAGUAGUGAUUUCUCAAAGGGGGGACCAUGGCUCCAGCUAAACACUCCCUUUUGGAUCAGUUCAUUUCACAGAGACAGACCUUCCAUUAGAAGUCAUAGUUUUAGAUUCCACAAGGAGGAGAAAUUGAUGAAGAGCUGGAAGAUGAAAAAGCUUUCAAGAUCCUCAGAAAUAGAGCCGUCUUCAGGGAUCAAAGCAAUGUUGCUGGCCAAAGACAAGAGAUUCUCAAAGAAAAAGAAGAAUAAUAAAAAACUCCGGGUGCCAAUCAUAACAGUCAAUGCCUGCUGUCAAAAUGACCAAUUAAAUCCAGGGCCAGGAGAAAAUAAUAUCUCAGAAGAAGAGGAGUGCAACAAGAACUGGCUUACUGUGUCCACAUUUAGUGAGAUAAGUCUAGAACAUUAUUUAUGUCAGAAAAUGAAAACUAGAGAAAUUGAACAACGUGCUAUGCAAGUCAGUGAUUACCUAAAGCAGUCUCAAGAGGAUUUGAGUGAAACUUCUUUGUGGAGUUCCAGGAGCACUGACCCCAGGAGAAAAUCCCUGUUGAGAAGUUCAAAUGGAAUUGACAAGAUCUCAGCCUCCUUAAAAAGCCCUCAAGAGCCUCACCAUCAUUACUCAGCCAUUGAAAGGAAUAAUUUAAUGAGGCUGUCUCAGACCAUCCCCUUCACACCAAUCCAACUGUUUGGAGGAGAAGAAAUAACUCUCUACAGGCUGGAGGAGAGUUCCCCUUUGAAUCUUGAUAAAAGCAUGUCCUCUUGGUCCCAGCGUGGGAGAGCUGCAAUGAUCCAGGUGUUGUCUCAAGAGGAGAUGGAUGGAGGUCUCCGUAAAGCUAUGAGAGUCAUCAGUACUUGGUCUGAGGGUGACAUUCUCAAGCCAGGCCAGGUAUUCAUUGUGAAGUCCUUUCUCCCUGAGGUUGUGAAGACAUGGCAUAAAAUCUUUCGGGAGAGCACUGUGCUUCAUCUUUGCCUCAGGGAAAUUCAACAACAAAGAGCGGCUCAGAAGCUUAUCUACACCUUCAACCAGGUGAAACCACAAACCAUUCCCUACACACCACGGUUCUUAGAAGUUUUCUUAAUCUACUGCCAUUCAGCCAACCAAUGGUUGACUAUUGAGAAGUAUAUGACAGGGGAGUUCCGGAAGUACAACAACAACAACGGUGACGAAAUCACCCCCAGCAGCACCCUGGAGGAGCUGAUGUUGGCUUUCUCUCACUGGACCUAUGAGUAUACUCGCGGAGAGCUUUUGGUGUUAGAUUUGCAAGGCGUUGGAGAAAAUUUGACAGAUCCAUCUGUUAUAAAACCUGAAGACAAACAAUCAAGAGGAAUGGUGUUUGGACCAGCCAAUUUGGGGGGAGACGCAAUUAGAAACUUCAUUGCAAAACAUCGUUGCAACUCCUGCUGCCGGAAGCUCAAACUCCCGGAUUUAAAAAGAAAUGACUAUUCCCCCAGGAGAAUAAAUUCCACUUAUGGACUCAAGGUCAAAAUAGAACCAACUAAGGAGCAUCUGGCAAGGGAAAGGGGUGGAAAUUCCCCGGAAGAUCGCACACAACUGUAA